AUCUCCUCCUUUUUAUGUUCUUUUAAUUUAUUUUUGCGUUUAUGGAGUUUCAAGUAGAAGAGAGGAUUGCGUUCUCUCUCACCAUUUAAUCCGUCUUUCCAUAUCUCUCUUCUCUCUCUCUUUUCCUUUUUGCUCACUCUCUUCCCCCCCCUCGAUUUCUCAGGACAUCCAUCACCAAUCUCACUCACACUAAUCUUUCUCUUUUACGAAAACAAAGAUCCAAUCUUUUCGGUUCGUUCUCUCCUCUGGGGGUACGAAUCAAGAAGCUCGAAAGAGGGAGGAUGAAAGGUAACCAGAAAGACUCCUCGGAGAAACCCGGAACGUUGUCGGUGGUAACCCGACCCGGUCCUAAACUAAUGGUCUGGCUCAUCUGCUUCAUCGCUUUCACUUACAUUAUCUACAUGCUCAAGCUCGUCUCCACCUCACGCUCCUGCGACGAUUCCAUCACCUUCACCACCCUCUCCGCCAACCUCUCCUCCUCCUCCUCCUCCUCUUCUGCACUACCUUCACGUCAGCGCGAGUCGGAGGAAGAAGAGAAGGUAGAAGACGAGCCGACCGAUCUCAGCCACGUGGUGUUCGGGAUCGCCGCGUCGGCUAAGCUGUGGAAACAGAGGAAAGAGUAUAUCAAGAUCUGGUACAAACCCAAACACAUGCGCGGCUACGUCUGGUUAGACAAAGAGGUGAAGAAGAACAACACUAGCAACGACGACGACGAGGAUCUACUUCCGCCGGUGAGAAUCUCCGGCGGGACAGCUUCGUUCCCUUACACGAACAAGCAAGGGCAACGCUCGGCGCUGCGGAUCUCGAGGAUCGUGUCGGAGAUGCUGCGUCUGGGUCCGAAAAACGUGAGGUGGUUCGUGAUGGGUGACGACGACACUGUUUUCGUCACGGAUAAUCUCAUUAGGGUGCUGAGGAAGUACGACCACGAGCAGAUGUAUUACAUCGGGAGCUUGUCGGAAUCUCAUCUGCAGAACAUAUUUUUCUCUUACGGGAUGGCUUACGGCGGAGGAGGGUUCGCUAUUAGCUACCCUUUGGCUAAGGCUUUGAGCAAGAUGCAGGAUCGGUGUAUACAGAGGUAUCCUGCGUUGUAUGGCUCAGACGAUCGCAUGCAAGCUUGUAUGGCUGAGCUCGGUGUUCCGCUUACUAAAGAACUCGGCUUUCACCAGUACGACGUAUACGGGAGCCUCUUCGGUCUCCUGGCCGCACACCCAGUAACACCGUUCGUCUCAGUGCACCACCUCGACGUCGUGGAGCCGAUCUUCCCAAACAUGACCCGAGUCCGUGCCCUCAAGAAGCUAACUGUACCGAUGAAGCUCGACUCAGCCGGGCUUCUCCAGCAGUCUAUAUGCUACGACAAGCACAAGAGCUGGACCGUCUCGGUCUCGUGGGGCUACGCGGUCCAAAUAUUCCGAGGAAUAUUUUCUCCAAGGGAAAUGGAAAUGCCUACUAGAACGUUCUUGAAUUGGUACAAAAGAGCGGACUACACCGCCUACGCAUUCAACACCAGGCCGGUUAGUCGGCAACCGUGCCAAAAACCGUUUGUGUAUUACAUGUCGACCACGAAGUUCGACAAGCAGCUGAACACGACGGUUAGCGAAUACACGCGGCACCGUGUUUCGCAUCCGUCUUGUAAGUGGAAGAUGGCGAACCCAGCUGAGAUUAACACCAUCGUCGUUUACAAGAAACCUGAUCCGCAUCUGUGGGAACGGUCACCGAGGAGGAACUGUUGCAGAGUGUUACAAACGAAGAGGAAUAAUACGUUAUGGAUCAAUGUUGGUGUAUGUAGAGAUGGUGAAGUCACUGAAGUAAAAUAACUUACUCUUAUAUAGUUUUUUUUGUAUUGAUUUAAUUUUUGAAUGAGAAGAAAAAUUAGUUUUUAGGUUGCUUUA